AUAGAUGGCAAAGUCAACAUAUGAACUCAGGACAGUGGAGCUCCAGAAUUUGUCCCAGCUAUCACUCUGCUGGAGGAGUUAAGUAGGCAGGAGUGCUGUGUAAACAACCUAUAACAAAUUUUAAGUGGGCACUGUUUUAGGGCUGUGAGUUUGCCUGUGAGGAUUCCUAAAGAGAUGGAAGAAUUGGUGGCCCCGCCCCUGCUCUUAUCAGAGCCCCCAGUCCCGAGAUACCUCAGUCCCUGUCCCCAGACUUCCCUCCGGUCUUCCCGCUGAUUCAUUUGCUGCCUCUCCCCACCUCACCCCAGCCAUGGCCCUGGUUCUGCAGCUACUGCCUCUGCUGCUUUCGAGGGCCCACGGGGACCCGGGGGGUAAGCAAUUCCAGGGAAAGUUGUGAUGGUGAGGAAAGACUGAGGCAGGGGAAGGGAACACCUGAGGAGUCGCGAGUGUGUGAGAAGAUCCAAAAUUGUGGAAGGGCAGAGUGAAAAAAAGAGAUGGGGUGGGGACAGUGUCAUCGACCUGCCCCAUGGACUUGUCCUAACCACCGUCCCCCGCCUCCCCUAGCAUCUCUGGAUGGACGCCCUGGAGACCGGGUGAAUCUUUCCUGCGUGGGGGUCUCGCACCCCAUCCGCUGGGCUUGGGCGCCUAGUUUCCCAGCUUGCAAAGGUCUGUCCAAGGGACGUCGCCCGAUCCUGUGGGCAUCGUCCAGUGGGAUCCCCACUGUGCCUCCACUCCUGCCCUUCGCUGGCCGCCUACGCUCUCUGGACCCUGGUAUCCGGAGGCUGGAGCUGCUCUUGAGUGCGGGGGACUCGGGCACAUUUUUCUGCAGGGGACGCCACGAGGACGAGAGUCGUACGGUGCUUCACGUGCUGGGCGAUAGGGCCGAUUGCAGAGCCCAGGGGCCUACGAACGGGUCGCUGUAUCCCCAAGUCCUGGUCCCGUUGCUGGGCGCUGGUCUGGUGCUAGGACUGGGAGCGUUGGGCGUGGUCUGGUGGUUGCGCAGGCGCUCGCCCCCGCCUCCGCUUCCACCACUCCCCACAUUUGCUCUGUCCCCCCCAUAUAGCUCCUUUGAUGAAAGCCGAGCCCCAGAGACCCAUGGAGGAGGAGGAGCCCAAGAUUCCAGGGGACCUGGACCAGGAGCCGAGCCUGCUCUACGCUGAUCUGGACCAUAGAGCCCUCAGGAGACCCCGCCGGCUGUCCACAGUAGUCCCUGCUGAUGCGUCCACUAUCUAUGCAGUUGUAGUUUGAAGGGAAGCCCUCACUCCAAACCUCUGUAGUUGGGGGCUUCCACCCCUCCAUAAUUCCCACCCUCUUGAUCUCUCACCUAGAGGAAGGCAUCAUGGGAUGGAAAUGAGCAUGUCCAGGAGUCUGAAGGCCUGGGUUCUGGGCUAUAUCUACUGCUGAUCUUGCUCCUUCAGUUACUCUCAUCUUUCCUAUAGCUUCCAUGUCUCCUUCGCCCCUGAUGUCCUCUCUAAACCUGAAUCAAACCCUGUCUCGAUAUCUUAGUUAACUUCCCAAUAAUUGUCCUAUCUCUUCCCUUCAGAAUCAAGCCUUUAAACCAGGAGCAUACAUCUGCUUUUUUUCACUUUCUUUUUUCUUCUGUCUCCACUACUUAUCUGCUGAAAUUGCUUAUCUACUCUCCACAAGUUUGCCAGUGAUGUUCUGAUGUCCUAGGCUACGUUUUUCAACACUCAUUUGGCAUGGCCUUUGAUCACCCCCUUCUUUUAUUAAAAAAAAAAGUUAUUUUACUUUGGUGCUCUUAUCUUCCUCUAGAUUCUUUUUCUUUGCUUUCUAUCCCCAUGGUAUUCUCUACCAUUCUAGGUUUGUCCCUUUCUUCCCCAUACCCCUCUUCUGGAAAUCUCCUAUCUGCAGGUAAUUCUCAGCCUGCACCUCUAGAAAGACACUUAGAACUCUCUGCAUCCCAGAUCUAGGACAUCCUGUCUGGCUGACCCCAGGCAUUUUGCACAGUGUAUCAAGCACAAUUUAUUGUUUACAUUCUCUCUUGAUCAACCCAGUUGACCAAGCCAGAAACCUGGAGUCAUAUGACCUCAUUUCUCAUUUCCACACAAUGAGCCAUGAAGUCUUGUCUAUCUUAAGGUCACUGUCAAAUCUUUUUUCCAUGUCUAGUGCUGUCACCAGAAUGUAAUCUCCUCAUUUCCUUCCUGGGUUAUCCAUAACUCAUACUUCUGCUUUGCCCUCCUCUGAAGCCAGAGAUCCUCUUCAAGUACUAACUUGCUCCUGACAUCCCUUAUUUUUAAACUGUGGUAUUUUUCUCCUUAAGCUUCAGCUCUGGGUCAUGGACCUAUGCUUUUUUAAAAAAAUGUUUUUGUAGUUGUAGAUGGUUAGCAUGCCUUUAUUUUAUUUGUUUAUUUUUAAUGUGAUGCAACCCAGAGCCUCACAGUGCUAGGCAAUCACUCUGCCACUGAGCUACAGCCUCAGCCCUGGACCUUGGCUUUUGAUACAAGGUGAUAUAGCACUCUCUGGCUUAUCUGUCAUUCCAUGUGCACGCAACAUGCCAGCCUUAGAAAAAAAUCUCCCUAGCCAUCCAAAAUGCCUCUGUCCAGAGUAAUUCCUUCUUCCUGGAUUACCCUUUUUUUCUCCUCUCCACUACCUGCCUGGCUAAUUCUUAUUUAUCCUCAGGACUCAGUUUGUGUUGCCUUUUCUGAGAAGUUGUUCCUGAACCUCCUUGCCCUUUGCAGCACACACUUUGAUACCUUACAGAGUCCCUUAUUUUUCUCAUAGAAAGAAACAGCCUCCUGUGAAUUAUUAUAUUACUAUCUAUAUUUCAAUUUGUAAGAAAUGUUCAUGUACUGUAAGUUCCCUGACAUCUGGAGACUGACCCUUUUGAUAUCACUGCUAAGCCUCAGUAAAUGAGUGAAUGAAAAUGAUUGUCUCUGAAAAUGUCAUUUUUUCUUCUCUAUCAAGUAAAGGUGAACUGUUAAUCUA